AUAUUGUACAUGAUUGAAAUAUACUCUACAUCUUCAACCUAUGCAUGUGAUGGUUUGAAUCAGUUUAAUGUACUCUGGUAGAAGUUUAAAACAGUAUACAUAUAUUAAGCUAUCAAUUAUAACAUGCCCUAUGGUUCACAGCAAUUGAGUUCAAGUAAAGGCCUUAAGCCCAGGACCAAGCAGGAAUUACAAAGAUUGAUGCAAAAUGGCUUCCAAAUAUGCUAGCUAUCCCAUUAUCAGUGUCCUACUAUUUGCCAUCCUAAUUGUCAGUGCACUGAGUGAAGAUGUUGAAGAUACUUCUAAAAAAGACACAUCCAAGGAGUUGCAGGAGGAUGAAACUUCAAAUCUUGAGAAUGAUCUUGAUGAUGAGGAGGGAGUCACCAAGGAGUUUGUCAUAAAGCAAGAUGUAGAUGGCACAAUACAAGUUGAAGAAGUGAAUUUGCAAGCUGUAAAUCAAGAAAUUCCCUUGAAAUCCUUAGAAGAGACUCUAUCUCUUUUAUUUAAUAGUAAACACACUGUUUCUGAUAAAAUGCUUGAUACACUAGAAAGUGAAGAAAAUGACAAAAAGUCUCUGCAAGAAAAAUUUGCUGAAACAAAGUUAGAGAAACAGUUCAAAUAUGAGAAUGAAGAAGGUACUGGGGCCUCAUAUUAUGAGAAGGCUCAGCAACAUCUAAACCAGAUGCCUUCAGAUGAAGGCCCCGCCUACCUCUUGCUGAGUGAGGCGGCAGCAAGAGGCCACUGGAAAGCUAAGCGGCAAGUUGCUUGGGGCCAUGUGUUUGGCAAACACUUGCCAUUGGAUCUCCAAGAAGCUCGUAACAUUUUUACUGAGCUGGCUGAUAAAGGAGAUCCAGAAGGACAGAUGGGCCUAGGUUUCAUGUAUGGAGCAGGCCUCAGCCACAACAGCAGUCAAGCCAAAGCCCUCGUUUACUUCACAUUUGGUGCCCUGGGUGGCAAUGAGUGGGCCCAGAUGGCAUUAGCUUAUCGCUACUGGGCUGGCAUUGGGGUGCCUUCUAACUGUGAGACAGCACUCACUUACUACCGCAAGGUGGCAACCACUGUGAGUGAGCAAGUUAGUGUGACUGGAGGUCGAGCAGUGCAGCGCGUGCGGCUCAUGGAGGAGAUAGACAACCCUAACUCUGGAGGCAUGCUUGACGACGACCUCAUCCAGUACUACCAGUUCCUUGCUGAGAAGGGCGAUGUGCAAGCUCAGAUAGGGCUAGGCCAGCUGCACUAUCAAGGAGGUCGGGGCGUGCAACAGGACCAUCAGCGAGCCCUGAACUACUUCAUGCAGGCCGCUGAGGCCGGUAACCCUGAUGCUAUGGCCUUCUUGGGCAAGAUGUACCUUGAGGGCGGGAAGGUCGUGGCGGCCAACAACGAGACCGCCUACAAUUACUUCAAGAAGGCCGCAGACCUCAACAACGCCGUGGGCUACAGCGGCCUGGGGCUCAUGUACCUGCAUGGCCGCCACGUCGAGCAGGACUAUAAGGAGGCGCUCAAAUAUUUCACUCUGGCAGCCAAGCGGGGCUGGGUCGACGGACAACUGCAGCUCGGCAACAUGUACUUCAGUGGCUUGGGAGUGAGAAAAGACUACAAGAAGGCUAUCGAGAACUACAACCUGGCGUCCCAGUCUGGCCACGUGCUCGCCUUCUACUCGCUGGCGCAGAUGCAGAGCACCGGCACUGGCAUGCUGCGCUCCUGCCACACCAGCGUCGAGGUGGCGCAGACCAACGCGGCCUACAUCCUGGCUCGCCACGGUCCUUUCCCUUCUCUCUUCCCUGAGGAGGAAACCCUGAGCCGUGCCCUCAUGUACUGGGGACGCGCUGCUGGCCAGGGCUACAGUUUUGCGCGCGUGAAGCUAGGCGACCACUACUACUACGGCUGGGGCACCAACGUCGACUACGAGGCCGCCGCCGCCCACUACCGCCUGGCGUCCGAGCAACAGCGCAACGCGCAGGCCAUGUUCAACCUGGGCUACAUGCAUGAGCAGGGGCAGGGUCUCAACCAGGACAUGCACCUGGCGAAGCGCUUCUACGACCAGGCCCGGGAAUCUGACAGCGAUGCCGUGGUGCCCGUCGCUCUCGCGCUUGCCAAACUUGCAGUUCUUUUUGCCUUCAAGUUCUUGGCCGAGUUCAACUGGAGAGAAAGCUUAGCAAAGUUUGACCCCGACGUGCUGCUAGGCCCUGACUGGGACAUUUUCCUGAUGAUCCUGCUGACGGUGCUGAUAGCCACGCUCAUCAUCCUGCGUCAGGCUCGCUACCUCCCGCCUCACCUUCGUCAGCAACGCAACAAUAACAACAACAACAACAACCUGCAGCAACCGCAGUAGCGGCACCCAUUCCCAUGUAGUUGUAUAAACAAAAGACCUGUCACCUCCUGCGCUGUUUGUAGGAUGUCGGUGUGUAUUUUAGUUACGUGUUACGUCACUGUGUUGCACGGAUUAUUCUUGUACAUGAAUAGUUAGCUGCGUCAAUCGUGCGCUCUGUAAAGUCUAGUUUAAAUAAAGAAAAAGAAUAACAGUUUAUACUGUCUGCUUGAAUGACCUUUUGCUACAUUUGCUGUGUAAAAAUCAAACCAUCUUGCAGCUGCAACGAUAGGUACGCUUUGUGUUCUCAAUGCCUAAUAUAUACCAUAAAACUAUUGCUAUUUCUCGAUGUAAUAAAUAGAACAUCUCGUGUAUCAUGAAACUAUUGCUGUAUCUCGUCGCAAUUAUUAUUGCAUCUCAUAUAGCGUAAAGCUAUAGCUGUUCUCUGUCGUGUAAGGAUUAAAAUCUACCAGAUGAGAUAAUCAUUGCAAGCCACAUAUAUUCCCUUGUUCUAUAAUAGAAAAAUCUUUCGUUGUAAAAACCAAUAUAGAUUUCUUCGAAUUUAAGAGAUAUUAUCCUUUUUCAUUUGAAAUUUAACCACAUUAUAAGAUUUACUAUUAUUGCACGACGUUUAUACUGAUAUUAGAUGCCCUUGAUGACCUCGGGCACAUACAGGCGGUUUUUAUUAAACGAACGCAAUAUGUGGGCUUGGUUUAAAAAAAAGCUGACGAUCAACGUCAGCAUCAGCCUGCCUCACUUCAUGCAACUCUAGCACUUGUGCUACGUAAGUUAGUGAUGAAUUUCUGUUUAACAGAUAUGCAAUGACAAAUUUGUUAUUCGUCGUAUUAUUUUGGACUUUCGUUGAAUUUAUGUUAAUUUUUCGUUAAAUCGUCUAAUCUAAAUGAAUCGAUUUUGUUGAAUCGUCUAAUGUAUGGAUUGAUUAGUUUCCCCGAACGUCGGUUGCCGGGUUUACCAUAUCUUGUUCUUCAUACGAACUUGUAAAUUCAAGAGUAUGUGUGAUGAAUGUGAUGUUGUUCAUGGGGUACUGCAGGCAAUGCGCAGAGUAUAUUAUUGUUUGUAACUGUAAUUUUACAAUUUAUUUUGCUAUCACUCGUAUGAUUCAAUAUGUUAGUUCCUAAACUGCGAAGGCUUGACUGAGUUUUCGUUAUAAGAUUGAACCUUCAUUGCAUCAUAAAGCUAAACCAAAUUGAUCAUGGAUGGAAGUUACGGAGUAUUGAUUGUGCUGAAAUGGUUAUGAUAGCUAUCAUUUACGUAGUGGAAGCCACUGCCCUGAAGAUACGAAUUAAGUAAUGAUCUACAGAUUCACAAUUAUUUCUCUGAAAGGAUCAAUCUGCGUCCUUGAUAAUAUCCUUUAUUGAGAAGUUUAUUGUUAGCCUGUCAAAUCUCCUCUGGUUUUGCAACAGUUCUGCUACAUUUGCUUAAUCAUUUGUCAGUGCUCUUCUGGCUUAACUUGGGGUUCGUUUGUCUUUAAAAAUAUAUUACGAAGUCUAUGCUAUCGAAUGUAUUGGUCCAAUUUGCAGCUACGCUCUUCAGCAGUAUAUGACAUUUAUGGUCGCUUCAGCAAGCAAUGCAAGGAAUGAUCUUUUAUUCAAGCAAAAGAUUCUAUUCUAUUUUUCAGGGAUUUCAGAAUAAAAUCUCGUUGCCGAGCGUACAGCUCUACAAAACGUAUUUUUUGGUGAUAUUAUGAAUUAUCGAGAAAUGAUGGAUGUUUUUAUGGCCACCAUUUAUUUCUUGCACCAAUAUUUAUUUAUUGAUAAUAUUUGCAACUAUAGAGUUAUUUGCAUGUUAUCAUGUCCACCAUGUUUUUUUAAGAGAGUCUUAGAUUUUUCUUUUACGGCUGAAGUAAUUUUCCCUACCGGCCAUUAGCAAAAAUUUUCACUGAACUUGGCUUUAAAAUAUUCAAAGCUGUACAACUGGGAUACAAAACCUUUUUGCAUUGUUACCUAAUUUUACAUCCCAUAAUAGGAACAUUACCCGAGUUACCAUACCACAUCAAGCGUGAAGUCAAUAAAAGAUAUUUCAUUACCUUAUCCCCGUGUUCCCCAUAAAUAGUUUACCUGUCCUUUUCCCCACCCGAGGGAGGUUGUGUGGUACCUCAGUUUGUAGACCACUUGGGUAAACUAUGGUAAUGAUUGACAACUGAUAAUGUUUGAAUCCACUGCACGAAACUUGAUCACUUGAAGUCCUGAUGCUUGACUUGCGAGGCACGUGUUGAUAGGAACGGUUUUUGACCACCCCGCCUUUGGACUGAGCCUACAUUUGUCCCGAUGCUAACCUUACUCGUGGCACUCUAACUUUAAUUUCAUGAGAGUAGAUUGAUGCUAUUUACGCGUUUCUUUCUCGACAGUAAGGUUUCAAAGUUUUGUUUUAUGUUCAGGCUCAAGUAGAUGAUGUAUUUGUGUUUUUUAUAAAGUCGAAUUGGGUUUGGUUGCGAUGUUUUCAGGUAAAUUAAAGUUAUAGCAAAAAGCGCAACAUCACUAAUUGCUUGCCGUGUGCAGUUAUGUUCUUGCAUUAAAAUCCCUUGUUGAGAUCUCUAUUGUGGGUGUUGUGUGGAAUAAGUUUUUUUUUUUUGCCGUAGAUUCGCUUAUGAUUCAAGGAAUUAAUUUUCGUUGAGAUGCUAGAAUGAUGAGUUUGCCCAUAAGAUAAAUUUGCAUAGAAUAUUAAGAAUAUUCCCUAUAUCAUUAUAAAAUAUUAUGACCUCAUUUCGUUGACCCCAUCAAUCAAAGCCAAUUAUAUGUUCAUUACUGCGCUUUCAAUCACAGCUUCGUGUGCCCAGUCACCCCCAUUCCGGGAUAAAAUAAAUCUUAUUUAUGUUUUUCUUCGCGGUGUUUGCUACGUGCGGGAUUAUUUGAGUAUUUGUUGAAGUUCUAGAGAUUAUUUACGGGCGUUGUGCUCGUUCCUGCGUGGAUAUUGCACGUAUUACGGUCUUGCUCACCAUUUAUUUCCAUGAGUAUCCAACACCAUCUUGUCCAGGGACUUAUGUGUGCUACGGAGUGUGGAGAAUGUGAUAUUUGAACGAA